GACUUCAGAGCAGCGCAACCUAUCAAAAGGAGAGGGAUUGUCCAAACCGAUCCUGGCUGACAAUCUCAAUCCAUCUCUAUCGGAAAUUCGUGUAGAUAUUGCGGUUUUUAGAAAUUUCAAUCGAUUUCUCAAUCUGGGUUUUCGUUAGUUCGAUCUGAAACAGUAUUUUUCUUCUGAUAUUGGUUCGGCGUUUUCUGAUCUGGGUUUUUGUUAUUUUGAUCUGGAAAGGCGUUUUCUGAUCUUGAUUUUUGUUAUCUUGAUCCGAAGCGGUGUUUUCCGAUUUGGGUUUUUGUUAUUUUGAUCUGAAGCGGCAGUUUAUGGAUUUGGGUUCGUCGUAUUGGAUCUGGGAAGGUCAUUUCUGAUCUGGAUUCUUGGCGUUUUGAUCUGAAAAGGUAUUUUUGGACACCAGUUCAUGUUUUGUUUACCUGAAAAGUCGUUGUUUUUGUUAAUUUGACCCGAGGAGGUGUUCUUCCGUCCUGGUUUGUGUGAUUUUUAUCCGAAUAGGCGUUUUCUCGAUUCUGGUUAUUUGAGUUGUUGUGUUCGAUCAUUAUGAGGAAGAGAGAGCGAGAAAAUCCAUGUGUGGUGUGUGGGCAUUACCACAAGUACGAAGAAGGUGAGGUUUGUCCCAUUUGUGGCCACCGAAUUCCGGCUUCAUUCGAGAAAUCGGGCCUGCACUGCAGUGCUUUCCCAUCUGAGAUCCUGCCGGAAUUCCUCUACCUGGGCAGCUACGACAAUGCGUCCCGGUCUGAGCUCCUCAAAACACAGGGAAUUUCUAGGAUUCUCAAUACUGUACCUGCUUGUCAAAAUCUUUACAAGAACUCCUUCACUUACCAUUGCCUUCAAGAGGAGAAAACUUUACCAUUUGAGGAUGCAAUUCAGUUUUUAGAGCAAUGCGAAAAGGACAAGGCACGUGUUCUUGUCCACUGCAUGUCUGGAAAAAAUAGGUCGCCGGCUAUUGUAAUUGCAUACCUUAUGAAACGCAAAGGGUGGAGACUGGCACAGAGUUACCAGUGGGUAAAGGACCGGAGGCCAUCAGUGGAGCUAUCCCCAGCCGUCUCCCAGCAGUUGCAGGAGUAUGAGAAGACAAUCUUCGGAUCAAAUGACUGCAGCCCAAGUCCACUUUUCCCAUUAUCUGACACGCCAUCAUUCGGUUUUGGGUUCCCAAAAAUAAACUUAUCUCCCCCGGCUUUCAAUCAACCAUCGGCAACCUCAAUCUUCAACCGUGCCAACCUAAACAUCUCACCCCAGCAAUUCACUUUCGGAGCUGGGGUGAACGCCAAUGAGAUCGUUGAAAACCCGUUCAACGCCCCAAUGGACAGCUCCUGAGUUCCCAUUUUGUUGUGUAUUGGCAGGACAGUAUCGGGGUUCAGGACCUGGGAUCUUGACGUGUAUCUGAAUUUCAGAUAUGAAGAUGGGAAAAAGCGGGCUUUCAUGUCGAAGUGCAUUUUCUGAGGUGGGCAUUAUCCUAUUUUUUCUUGGAGUUGGUCGAUGUGGUUAAGCGGGUCAUGAACUGAUAAAUCCUUGUUCAAAUGGCUGAGAUGGAUUGCACUUUUUUUGUUUCCUGCACUUAAAAAUUUAUUGGCUUGUUAGAGGCUGAUAUAUGCUGUAAAUACAUAUGCUCUCUCUUUCAUGACAUUGUCUAACUACAGAAACUGUUCUCUGCA